AAGCGGGCCGGGUGUCUCUUUUUUUUUUUCCCCCUCUCAGAUUCCUCGCUCGGCUUUUCUUCCCUUCUCAAAGCGCGGCUCGCCGGGAAUCGGGUUUUUUUCCCCCUCGCCUCAGCCCGGAGCGGAGACGGUUCAUCCUCUACGGGAGAGACAAUGAGGUUCCGACCUUUCGUGCCUCACAUCCCCUUCGACUUCUACGUGUGCGAGAUGGCUUUCCCCCGGGUCAAGCCGGCUCCCGAUGAAACCUCUUUCAGUGAAGCCUUGUUGAAGAGAAACCAGGAUCUUGCUCCAUCGUCUGCUGAACAGGCCUCCAUUCUUUCACUGGUCACCAAGAUCAACAACGUGAUCGACAACUUGAUUGUGGCACCGGGAACGUUCGAAGUGCAAAUCGAAGAAGUCCGCCAGGUGGGCUCGUACAAAAAAGGCACCAUGAUGACUGGCCACAACGUGGCGGAUCUGGUUGUGAUCCUCAAAAUCUUGCCCACGUUGGAAGCUGUCGCUGCUUUGGGGAACAAGGUAGUGGAGAGCCUUCGCACCCAGGACCCCGCGGAAGUGCUGACCAUGCUGACCAACGAAACGGGCUUCGAGAUCAGCUCGGCCGACGCCACGGUGAAAAUCCUCAUCACCACCGUGCCCCCCAACCUCCGCAAGCUGGACCCCGAGCUGCACCUGGAUAUCAAAGUGCUGCAGAGCGCCCUGGCUGCCAUCCGGCACGCCCGCUGGUUUGAAGAGAACGCCUCGCAGUCCACGGUGAAAGUUUUGAUCCGCCUCUUAAAGGACCUCAGGAUGCGUUUCCCCGGCUUUGAGCCUCUCACGCCGUGGAUCCUCGACCUGCUGGGACAUUAUGCAGUUAUGAAUAAUCCCACUCGGCAACCUCUGGCCCUCAACGUGGCUUACAGGCGCUGCCUUCAGAUCCUGGCCGCAGGCUUGUUCCUUCCUGGCUCGGUCGGCAUCACCGAUCCGUGCGAGAGCGGAAAUUUCAGGGUCCACACCGUUAUGACCCUGGAGCAACAGGACAUGGUUUGCUACACAGCUCAAACCCUCGUCCGCAUUCUCUCUCACGGAGGCUACCGGAAGAUCCUCGGGCAGGAAGGAGACGCCAACUACCUCGCCACGGAAAUGUCCACCUGGGAAGGCGUGAUCGUGACCCCGUCGGAGAAGGCUUACGAGAAGCCGCCGGAAAAGAAGGAAGGGGAAGAGGAGGAAGAUAAUCAGGAAGAGCCGGUUGCUGGGGAGGAGGAAGAAAACAUGGAAACUCAAGAGUGAUUCGGGGGUGGGGGACCCUCAGGGGGAUUCCGCCUUGUCCGAAACGCGAUGGGAUGAGCCAGUGACGGGAUCGAGUCCUCCCUCCUUUCUGUCCCACUUCUUCAAUGUCUUUGUUUUUUUAUAACUCGUUACCAUUAAAAUGGGGGUGUCCCUUAUAAAAA